GCGCUUCGAACCAAUCAUCCAACAUGGGCGUCGGAGCUGCUGUCCUUAUCGCCGUGGCCGCUUGCGUCCUCCUCGUCAUCGGGGCCCUGUACGUCCGUUGCGUCAGCCGCCGCUUCAACGCGACCGUCGCCCGCAACUCGCCGCCCAAGAUCACCGGACUCGGGUCACCCUCCAUAGCCGCCCUGCCCACGGUCGCCUACCAGAGGCCCCGCGAGGACCGCGGCACGUCACGGACGCUGUGCAGCGUCUGCCUCGGCGCCAUGAGCGAAGGCGAGUUGGUGCGGGUGCUGCCAGCCUGCGCUCACGUCUUCCAUGUCGACUGCAUCGACGCCUGGUUGCGCGCCCGCGCGACAUGCCCCGUGUGCCGCUCCGAUCUCAAGCUCUCCCACCUGGUGGACACCGGAGAGUCGGAGAU